UCAUAGACAUAUCUACAUGUGAAAAUGGGUACUAAGUGUAUUUUUAAUAGGGUGUCAUUGCAUACCAUUAACCUCUUUUUUCUGUGUAAAUUUUUUGACAAGUAAGCUUUUAUUUUUUGUUCAUUCCAAAUUCGAUUGCGAUGAAUUUGCAAACAGCCGUCGGGUGAACCGGGUAAGGCUAGCAAAUGGUUUUAUUUUGUUCUCCAAUUAUGGUCAUUUUGGGAGGGUUUAGUGAAGAAGCUAGGCUUGUGAAAACACUACACCACAUAAGUCUAGAUAGAACAAAGCUACCCAAUGUGGCAUUGGUAAAAGCAUAACCAACACAAAUGUGUUGGCUAUGAAUUUAUGAUGAUUGUUUCGAGCUGCUAAUGAUGAGGCGAUCUGAUUAACCAAUAUUAAUGCAAGAUAUUGUCAAAACAAUCUGAAACCAUGUACAAAAUCCAAAAGAGAUUUCAAGUGUGGAGAAGAAAAUUUAAGCAUAAAAAUCAGUUAUUUGGGUCUAAUCGAAUUGAAUAGUAUGUUAUGGCUGCCGAUACUCCUACUUCUAGAAAAGUUAUUGGGAUCUUUAGAGUCCAAUAUGGAAGAGCAUAUGCCCAAGCAAAAUAGAUUUGCAAGACUAUAAACUCUUUCAAAUUAAAUUAAUUUAUAUUUAACAAAUUUAAAUUAUAAAAUAUUAUUAAAAUAAUUAAGUACUAAAUAAAAUAGAGAGCAUAAAUAAUAAAAUGAUUCUAUUUCUAAUUUUUUUUAGUUUUUUUCGUUAAAAUUUGGCUAAAAAUAAAAAUAUCAUAUUGGAGAUAUUCUAAAACAGUGAAAGCUUAUCAAUAUUUUAUGCGUAAUAUAUAGUAUUUAUUUAGUAUUUUUGUUAGGUGUAAUAUUGUUAUUUGUGUAAUUUAAAAUCGAAUUUCACUUACUUUAUUUUAAUUAAAAUUAUAAAAAUUACUAACUAAUUAUAGGACGUGACUUUAUAAUAAUAUUAAAUACCUUGUUCUCUCCUAACAAUGCUCAUAUAAUUAAUUAAUAAGGACAUGUUCCAUUGUAUCUCAAUCUCCACUACUGAGCAAAUUUCAUGAAGGUAAGUAUGUUUUCAUUCUUUAUUAUUAUGUAUAUUUAUAUUUCUCAUGAAUAUUUGUCACGAUUAUAAUUUACAAGAAACUAUAAUUAGUUUCCCAAUUAUAAUAAGUUUCCGUUUUCAGAAAAUUAAUUUUUGCACAGAUUACUACUAUUGUUUUUUUAUUAUUUCCUUCUUUAUUUUAAAUUUCCCAAAUUAUGCACUUUAAAAUGGAAGAUUUCUAAUUAUUUAUUAAUUAUAGCCAAAUAUAUUUUCUUAAAAAAAAAACGUUUCUUAUAUUCUUGAAAUAUGUUGUAAUGGUAUUUACUAAACUUCCAUAUUAGUAAUUGUAUAUAAUGUAUAAUAUAUCAUAAUAUGUACAUAUAUAUAUCAAUCAAAAUAUUUAUAUACAUAUCUUUCCUUCUUUUUACUAAACUAAUAUGAAAUUGGAAAGGAAAUAAUCAAUAGUUCCCUCCAAUUAAUUUAUUAUGUCCAUUAUAAAUUUCUCUGAAAACACCAUUAUUCGAUAUAAUAAUAAUAGUAAAAAUAGUUUUCUUCUAGCCAAAAAAGGUUUAGUAGAAAAUUAAAAUAAAAUUAUGUUGUAUUUUUUUCAAUUUUUGUUUUUGAGUUGUUCAAUAUUUUUAUUAAAGUUUGCAAAUGGAGGUAAUUUCCAAUCAGUGACAGUUGACCAAUCUGGUCAUGGAAAUUUCAAAACUAUACAAUCUGCCAUUGAUUCAGUCCCUUCAAACAAUGCUUAUUGGUUUUAUAUCAACAUCAAGGCUGGAAUUUAUUGGGAGAAGAUAGUAAUUCCAGGUAAUAAGCCAUUCAUAAUAAUGAAAGGAGAAGGAAUGGAUAAAACGCAUGUCGUUUGGAGUGAUCAUCAAAGUAUUGCACAGAGUCCAACUUUCUCUUGUGCUGCUCAUAAUACUAUCCUCUAUUCCAUCUCCUUCAUAGUAAGAAAUUAUAUUCUUUUCAUUUACUUUUAUUUUUAUUAUUUUCAUGUUAAUAAUAAUAAACAGAAUUCAUACAACCACGCCGUUCUCAACAACGAGAAAGGGAACCCGAGAGCUCCGGCAGUGGCGGUGCUAGUGACGGGCGACAUGAUCAAGUUCAAUAAUUGUGGGUUUUAUGGGUUGCAGGACACCUUGUGGGAUCAACAAGGAAGACAUUACUAUCAAAAUUGCCUCAUAGAAGGAGCUGUAGACUUUAUUUUUGGUAGUGGCCAAUCUAUUUUUGAGCAUUGUACAAUAUCUGUAAUAGGAGGAUCACUUGGGACUGGUUUUGUGGGGUUCAUAACUGCACAAGGAAGAACUAACAAUAAUGAUGGGAGUGGAUUUGUGUUCAAGAAUUGCAAUGUUAUUGGUACCGGUUCGGUCUUUUUAGGGAGGCCAUGGCGACCCUAUUCUAGGGUACUCUUUUACAAUUCGUAUUUAUCGAACGUUGUAGUCCCCCAAGGUUGGAAUGCUUGGAAAUCUACUGGUUAUGAGGGCCAAUUGAGUUUUUCUGAAGAGGGUUGUUCUGGACCAGGAUCUAAUCUUUCUACACGAGUGAGAUGGAUGAAGAAAUUAGACAAGGGCUCUUUGAACCAAAUGACUAGCUUAAAUUUUAUUAAUAGUGAUCAUUGGCUUGAAAAAAUGCCACUUUAAUUUUGUUUGGGAAAUCUGCAGCUACAGGCUUAUUAAGUCUCUCGGUUUCUUUUCGGGUCAAUAUUGUUUAUUGACUAUUGUUAUUAGGCAUUAUGAUAUCUAACACUAUUAUGAGAUCAUUGAGAUGAUAUCUUAUAAAUGGUUAACAGUUUUUGUUAAUCAUUAUUAAAAGAAAAUAAGUGAGACCUGAUAUUAAAUUAUACUAGUAUAAUAGAUGUAUUAUAGCAUUUUUUUGAUC